GGCGGGGCCGGGGCAGCCGGACCGGCUUCGCCGUCGCCUUCGCCGCCACCGCCAGUGGGAUUGUCCAAAACCCUCUGGGUUCUUCUAUGUUGGAACUGUUGCCAUGGAGACCUCCUGAGAUGCUGCAGUGACCACCGACCUCCAGUUUAACUUCCAGAUAGAGGGCUGGAAAUGGCCACAGGGGACAGGUCGAGCCGGAGGCUGCCCCAGGUGGCCGAGCCAGGUGUGGAAGGGGAGCCGCAUCUGCCCACAGGCCGGGAGCUGACCGAGACCAACCGUUUUGCCUAUGCCGCCCUCUGUGGCAUCUCCCUGUCCCAGCUCUUUCCAGAACCUGAGCAAAGAUCCUUCUGCACGGACUUUGUGGCCGGCCUGGUGAAGUGGCUGGACUUGUCCGAAGCUGUCUUGCCAACCAUGACUGCUUUUGCCAGCGGCCUGGGAGGCGAAGGAGCAGACACGUUUGCUCAGAUUUUAUUGAAGGACCCCAGCUUGAAGGACGACCCACUGGUGAUCACUCAGGACCUUCUGAGCUUCUCACUCAAGGAUGGUGAGUUGAUUUCAUAA